AGUCUGUCACCAAGGCUGGAGUGCAAUGGUGCAAUCAUGGCUCACUGUAGCCUCAACCUCAUGGGCUCCAGCAAUGCUCCUACCUCAAAAGGAUACCAGUCCUCCAGGCAGACAUCAGGCCCCAGGCGGACACUGGACUCAAGCUCCUGCUCCAUAUGCAGCAAUACAGGAAAUUCCAGUGCCAGCUGUUGAGCCAGUGCCAGCGCCAGGGGAAGAGCCCCCUCCAGGGACAGCACUGGAACUAGAGGCAGCUCCAGAGUCUUCCUGCCCCUGCCCUGGUACAGCCAAGGACCAGCCCAGGGAGGAGCUGCCUGACAUCAUGGAACCUGCUGUGGCCACUGGCAUUAGCCCUGGAGCUGAAAGCGUGCUAUGCUAUUCUAAUAUGUACAAGAGUAAAAAUAAGAUUGGCAGCUGCGGGGAGAUGCGGGCAAAAGAGCAUCAGUGA